AUGCCCAGCAUCUACUAUCAUUACCUGCCUCCCGAUGAAGCAAAAAAGCCUACGAUUAUGGAUUUCAUCAGCUCCGCCGCUUCGAUCGCCCAACUCCUGGAGCUCUGCCUGAAAGCCGGCAGGGCGGCCAAGGAGAUCCACGACUCCUUCCACAACGCCCCCGCAGAGGUGCAACGGGUAUACGACAAGCUAGAUCUGAUGAAGUCGCGCCUCGAGUCGAUCAGGGCCUUUGGUGACGAGCUGACCAGCGCCCGCAUGGAUUUCCUGUUCCCGGUCCCGGAGCGCGAGGUCAUCAUGGGCUCGCUCAAGUGCAACAUCGAGGCCCUCGACAGCCUCAAGAGCCUACACAGCACACAUCGAACGCGCCGCCGGAUCCACUGGGCCGCCGUGGAUAAAGGACGGGCAGCCAUCAUCAUAGAGGACGUGACCGCGGCGGAGAUAGCCCUCGAUACCAGUCUAAGUCUGCUCUCUGCCUCACUCUCUACGCUGCAGCUUGGUCAGAAGAUCGAGACGUCCCUGGUGGAACAAGCACACGACAAGAUCGAGGCGUCCAUCUCUGCAAAUCGUGCUGCACGAGAUGCAAUUACAUCCAAGAUCGAAGACGGUGUAGCCUUAGUCCACUCAUGUCAGCAAGCUCAGACGGACGGCUUGAUCCAGCUUGUAGAUAAGUUGGCUCCUUCAUCAGCCACUACCAAAGCGAGUUAA